AUAAUUCAUUGUUAGUAUUAAAUAUAUCAGUAUCUGGGAACGUGGUUGAUAUGGACACGACGGUAUAGUAUUUUAGCGUUUUAAACUCUCGCUAAAAUCCGACAAGAUGGCAUCCUCUAUUACUAUUUUACUAUUGGUGGCCAUUCUGGUAGUGAUAGAUGUGGACACAUCUGGUGCCAAGAGAUUUAAAUAUACAGAUUCGUCACUGAAAGAAGGGCGAGUGGUAGACGUGAAGAUACCGGAUCCAGAUUUUCAUUCGUCUGACCAAGUAACCCCAGAUGAAAAACUCACUAGAUUGAGGCGCCAUAUAUUUGGGGGUAAUUGGAGACGUGGACAUCGACAGAAAGCAACACCUUACGGUAGGACGCGCAAACGACUUGUCCAUUCCCGUCGAAUACCAGGUAGUGACGGCAAAGAAAAGAGCUUUUCCUGGUUCCAUCGAUGGCCAGGUAGUGACGGCAAAGACAAGAGAUUUUCCUGGUACCAUCACUGGACGUCUGGGGAUGGUAAUACUCACCGUCGAUUUUCCAUCCAUACUAAUAUCUUCAACCGCGACAGACAACCUGUUAAACCGACUCAUGAAACGACUUCACUUAAACCUGAUCACGUCAGACACCCCGAUAAACCCGCUUAUCAAAGAUGGCCGCAUAAACCUGAUGCUGACAGAGAGCAAGAUAAACCAGGUCACAGCAGCCAACUUCAUAAGCCAUGGUCUAUUUUUAAACCAAUACGCCAUCGAUAUCCCCCUCCUAGACCAUCACGCGACUGGUCAUCUUGGUGGACACGUCCAACUAAUCCCCUGUCCCAUUUCAUUCAGUCUGCAAUAAAUGCUUUUGGUGGGAGAAAAUCGUGGUAUCAGACCACUAAAGAGUUUGUCUAUGAGUACGCGCCAUUUAUACCACUUGUCUACAAACAAGAUAAAUACACCUUUGUUAAACCCAUCGGCAGACCAAUGCCACAAGUAUAUGUCUUGCAUAAGUUGAGAAUUAGCUGUAUCAAAUACCCUUCACUAUGUGACGAAGCCAUGAAAAACAUAACAAAAAACGAUCAGGAGCCAGAAAAACCAUCCGAAAAACCGGGACAAUGGCCGGAAAUCAUAGGGAAACCUCAACGACCAACUGAAAAACCAAUGAAAAUACCCGAAGACCCGGCUACCACUGUCCAAAUUACAGAUGCUGGUAUGACAACAACGUUACUGAGUAGUACAGCAGAUUAUACAACGACGACAAUGACAUUGGGUACUACGUCAAAUUAUCCAUUGACGACAACCACAUCGGGUACUACGUCAAAUUAUCCAAUGACGACAACGACAUUGGCUACUACGUCAAAACCAGUGCCCACAGAGAAAGAAGUGUUUUUACCACCUGAGGGAUCUGGUGAAGUUGGUCCAGAACUUUUUAUUCCUCCUGAAGUAGCUGCAGAAUAAACUUUUAAUAUAACUUUUGAUAAUAUGUUAUAUACCUGGCUUUUUAUGCUAAUUGUAAUAAGCUAACACAGGUUGGCCCUACGCGUUGCCAUGGUAAAGCGUCCAUGUAUAUCUGCUUACAUUUUGCGGGGAUUUUGUUUUUAUUUUUUAUUUCCAAGUCUGUCGAGCGAAAUUGUAUUAGAACACAAUGUAAAUACAUUUAAUAAACUUUGACUAAAUUUAUAA